AUGUUAUUUUUAUCAAGUUUCAUGAUGCAAAAAAACCAAACAUCAAGUAAUCUGGAAGCAUCAGAUGAUGAAAGUGAGACAACUAAUAGCGAAAAAAUACUGAAAAUCCAAAUUUAAAUGAGAACGGAAAUGAAAUUGAAGACGAAGAUACUACAUAUUUGAUUGAUAAACCAGAAGUACUUUCUGAGCCUGUAUUUAAAAAACCGAAAAGAAAAUGGAAAAAAUAAAGUUCAAAAACAAGUAAAUCAGCUGCUUAAGAUCCGUAUUUAUUAUUUUUUAUUAGUCUUUUACCAGAUUUUCAAAAAUUCAAUGUAAAAAUCAGCUUCAGUUAAAACAGUUUAUGUUGACAAAUUUAAAUACCUACAUCGAAAUCAAGAAGCUCAAGAAUCAUUAGGUGAUGAUAAAGCACUAUAUCAUAAUACUACACAAUAUGCACCAAUAGGAAAACUCCAAACCUAUAACUAUACCUUCAGUCCACCCGGAUUUUCAUCAUCAUACAGCUCAACAUACUGACUUCUUAUUUCAAAUACUUAAUACUUACAGUAAAACCUCUAUUAAUGGACCCUUCCCAAUAGUGGACACUUUUAAAUUCCCCGGCAAAAAUUUAUGUAAAUUAGAGGAGUUAUAACCCUCUUAAUAGUGGAUGUCGACACUAAAACCUGGAACUAAAAUUAAAAAUUACCUCAUAAAUAGACACAAUACACAUCAUCAUAUCAUAAAAUAUGACGAUAUUUCGUCAUAUUUUACCUAAAGUGGAUCAAAAUGUAGAAAACAAAUCUAUAAACGUGUUUUAGAUGCAAUAUUUUAGAAAUAAUCUACAUUAAAGAAUAUAAAACCAGAAAAAGUCAAAAACUGUUUUAAAAAGUCGGGAUUUUUUUCGUCCGAUAUAGAAGAAUACGUAACGGAACAUAAUAAUGAUGCAAAUUUGAACAUAUUCAUAGAACUUGUACUAAGUACUGUUAAAUCGAAGACUAUAUUUCUAUAGAUAAUAAUAUUAGAUAUAGUCAAAAGUAACCUGGACAAUUUGGGUGAAAAAAAAAUUGAACAACCCGAAGAAAAAGAACAAGAGGAAAAAGAAUACGAAUCGAUAUACAAUCCAACAUUUGAAGAAGUUCGGAAAACAAUAAAUACUUUAAAAAUAAGGUAAUAGGAAAUAGGUGAGAAGUUGGGAGCGUAGGAUAAAAAGGGAUAUUCAAUGGAUUUGUACGCAGAUUAUACAUUGUCAACAAAAAGCGAUUAUGAGCAGAGUUUGGUUACACAUAUUAUGAAAGACUGUAGGUUAUAUUCACGAUUUUCGUCAAAAUUUGAUAUUAAAAUUCUUAUUAAAAAAAAAAAAUACUACAUAAAACUCAAAUUUUUUUUGUUGGCCACUUCGUAUAAUGAAUCUCCUGUUAUAUUGUCAAGCAUUUCUAUUUGUUCCAAUAUUUUUAUCAACAGUGUGUAUCUACCAAAUAAAAAGACUAUAAAUACUAAAAAAAAAAAAAAAUAGUCCAUAAAUAGCUUAAAAACAAAGUAACAUCUCAGACAGAUUUCUUUUCCAAAAAAGUGCUGUAAUUAAUAUUAGAGCAAAAAAAAUAUUGAUAGAAGUUGUUUACAGAAAAAAAAAUUCAUUGUAACACAUGCUCCCACUUACGCUUACAUAUCCGCUCAGAAUCUAAAACUUCAAAUAAUAAAAUCGUUUCGCCGUAAUUUGAAAAAAAAAUCGCAAUUUUUGUCUUGUUUCUUUUUUCUCGAUUUUUUGAAAACUACUUUCGUUAUUGAAAAAUGAUUUUCUUUUUCAGUGACUAUAAUAUAUUAAAAGAAACAAAAUCAAUCUCUUAUUGUUUUUCGAUUGGAGCAAUAUUUCUGAUAGGAAACUAUAAGGCAAAAAUUAAAAACACUGAAAUAGGUAACGCCGUGGUGCGCUAUAAAUAUUUUCUAUCUUUCCGGUAAUUGUUUUUCUGGUUUUUCUGAAUUACUAUAAAAAAAACCCUAUAAAAAAAUCAAACUGGUAAAAAUCUCCUUUCAGAAUAUGUACUACACGUGAUACUUCAGAAGAUUUUUAGUACAAAAGUUGUUUACAGACAAAAAAAAAUACAAAAAUACUAAAAAAAAAGUUAAUGCCUAUUAUUUUUGUAGAAAAUAGUUAUGAUUUUUUCAGUUAAAUUAAAUUAAACAGUAUUCAACACGUAGUUGUUUAGUACAAGAGAGAGUCAAAAGUCAAACGGGAUUCCAAACAGACAGUUCGCUAAUAUUUCUUCCGAUGACUAACGAAAAACUUGUACAUACUGCGCGUUUCAAGGCCUCAUAUUGUGAUGAAUAUAUAAUCUAACAAAGAACACUAUAAUAUUAUGGAAGGGAGAACGUAUACCAUAUCAUAUAUGCGUAGGUAUUAUAAUAUUAUAAUUGGUUUUGUACCAGUCCAAGACGAGUAGUAAACAUACUUAUCUGAUCAUUCCACAUUUAAACGCUGUAGGUGCGAGUAAAAAUUAUUUAAUUUUUAAAUAUGAUGUGAUAAAAUAUUUACUUUGAUAAAUCGGUUUUCAGUUGUUGUUAAACAAUAGCAAAUGACCAAUUUGCAAUAUAACAAUAGUUAUCAUCCAUAGUGCAUGUAACGCUCGAAAAAAUAAAUUAGAAAUUUAUAAAUGCUUAAAACACCAUGUUUACUAGUAUUUAUUUUAUAAUCGUGAUAUCGACUAGCAUUUUCGGUGUUUAUCAAACUGAUUUUGCAUUGCCUUUAGAUCAAGUAGAAGAAAUAUCCGAAUAUUCUUACGAAAAAUGUUUGUUAAUGAGAAAAAUUUUCUACGAAGGCCAAUGUUGGGAAUUACUGUCUAAAGGACCGUGCGAUAAGAGUAAGUGACAACAAAUAUUUUAUUAAAUAAAUAUAGUAGACAAAUGUAAUAAAUAGAUAAAUUUAAACUUCUGCUAAAAAAACGCAUACAGAGUGUCCCACGAAGAUUUACCCAUUGUAAUAUUAUUAUUAUUAAUAAUACCUCCGGAGAUGACAAUGAGAAUCGAAUUCUGGUUUUUAUAUUAUUCAUCACUAGGAUAAGGACUACAUGUUUUAUGUUUUGGUAAAAAAUUUAAAUAAAAGAAAAGAAUGAAGUGUAUACACUUUAUAGUGUAUAGUCAAUUAAUCGUAAUAACAAUAAUCAAUAAGCUUGUUGUAUAGUAAUAGGCAUUUUUCUCUAAACUUUAAAAAAUUGUUAAAAAACGGAUUUAAUGAAGAUAAAAAGUUGAAACAUCAAAAUUUUCAGAAAAAUAAACAUUAUAAAAUGACCACUUUCAAAUUUUUCAAAAGUAAAUGUUUUUUUUAUCGAAGAAUAAACAAUUUAUUGCAAUAUAAAUUGUCGUAGUUCUUAUCCCUAUGAAUAAUAUGAAAAAAAAGCAGAUACUGGGAAUGGGUGCGGCUACUAUUGUAGGUGAGAAGUUGGGAAGUUAGGAUACAUAAGGUUACUUCUUUUAUAUCUGUAAGUAAUGAUAAAAUAUUGCUGAUGAAAGACGAAUUCCGAGCGCAGUUCAGUAAUACAUAAUUUGAAGUGCCAUAAUUUUCAUUAAUCUAACUUUUCUACGUUUUUUCCCGAUUAUUAUGAAAACUAAUAUGAAAGUCAAAAAACGACCUGCAUCUUUAAAAACAAGAUUAAUAAUUCAACAAAAAAGGUGUCUUGUAGUUUUUUAUUUGAAGCCAUAUUUGUGCUAGAAAACGUGGUAGGUACUUAUUUAAAAUAACGAAAUAGUGAAAAAAAUCGAAUUUUUUUCCUCGGUUACUAGUUUUUAUUUUAAAUACAGUUUCGGAGAUCAAAAAAUAACGUAUAUAUUUUCUAAGUAGAUAAAAUUUAAAUUCAGAAAAGGUGCUACACUUAUACAUCGUAGCAAGUUUUCUAGAUUAAAAGUAGUCUACGGUAUAUAUGUAUAUAUAAAAAAAAAUACGAUUAUAAAACAAUUAAAAAAAAGAAAAAUUUUCUUUUGAUUAUUUUGGAAAUUUUACCACGUCUAGGUAAGUCCGAUAUAAGUAUUAUUAUAAAGUUUCAAGUCAUCUAUGUGUAUUUAUAACCGAAUUACAGCAAAAAAUACUUCCAACAAUUAAAAUUCCUUAAAAACUCAAAAGUUUUGUCGAUGAAACCGUAAGAAAGUAAAUCAGAAAGGCAACAAAAUAAGUGUCUAAUAAUUUGUCGAAUAAAUCAUUUUCUCCAGUAGAAAACGUCGUUCGUUUUUUAUUUAAAAAAUGGCGUCGAAAAUCAAAAACUUACCUCUUCAAACAAAGUACAAUCUAAACAAAUUGAGCUUUCAGAAAAAGUGCUAUACGUAAAUAUCGGAACAAGUUUAUUAUAUUUAUUGUUUGUUUAAUUAUUGUCAAACUUAAUUUAUUCAUUUGGUUUUGAAUAACAAAUUUAAGUUAUAACUACAAUUAGUCUAGGUUUUUUCUUUUACCAAUUAUUAUUUAUUUUGUCGGAAGUCAUAAUAUAUGCUAUUAUUGCCUAUUAUUUUAUACGACCUAUAUAAUUUAUCUGGUUCCAGCCAAUCAAAUCAACAAAAUAUGAUUAUUAUACAUAGGAGUUUUGGACUAUUAUUUCAAGUUUAGAAGUUAGUCAUAUUAGGCAUAUCACAUUAUGUACUUAAUUUUAAAAAAACUCUACAUUAUUAUGAAACCUUUUAAAUUUAUUGUAAUUUUCUAUUGUUUUUUAAUCUGUUUUAAACCGGUACUAUUAUACAUAUUUUUUUUUAAUUUAACGGACGUGCGUACAAAUUAAAAAUAAUAAAACCGUAUACCAUGACAUUCAGUAAAUAUUUGCCGUUUUUUCAAUCAUUUUCUUUCUGAUUUUUCCCAAUUAUUUAGAAAACUUUUUGUAAAAUCAAAAACUGCAUCAACUAGAAAAAAUUAUUUUCAGUGAAGGUGUUACGCUUAUUACAUCGGAGUAAUAUUUCUUUUCUAAAAGUUGAUUACAGACACACACAUAGAUCCCUGUCUACGCUCCGAAUCUAAAAUCAAUGUGAAUUCAUCUACAAAAAAAACCUUAAAAAAUUAUUCAAAUAAUGCGAUGACGGAAUUUAUAUUAUUUUUUGGCGAUUCCAAAAUUUUGAAAUCAACUACAUUAAAAAUCACAAAAGACCUUUUUCUUUAAUAUUUCAAUUAUAUAUUAUAAAACUCACCUGAGCCUAACAAUGGGAUAUGAGAGGCUGACACCAUUGACUAAUUUUUAUACUUAUUAAACGUAUCUUGAAUAUUAUAUUAGGUAUUCAGGUGUCAAUAUUUAUUCUACUCUCCCCAAUUAGAUUGAACCUUAUUUAUGACUCUGGUGAAAAGAAAACAAUGUUAUGUAAUUCAUGUAAUUAAAUCUCUAUUAAAAAAAAAAAAAAAAAAAAAAUAAUUUGCAUAUAUCUAUUUAACGUUUUCAACAAUUUUCGUCAAAAUAUAAAUAUACAAAUCAAAUUGGCAAUUUGAUGGCCCACAAAAAAUCAAGUUAUUAAAUGUCAUGUUAUCAUAACUCAUAAUCUAUAACAUAAAUAUGAAAUUAAGUUAUAAUAAGAGUUAACCUCGAGAGCCAAUGAAUAUGAAUACAUUUGAAAUCUAUGAAUAAUAAGGAAACCAAUUUUUUAUAGUUUAUUUACGAAUAGGUUUAUAAAAAAACAAACAAAUACGAUUCUGAAAAAAGAAACCACUUUAUAUAAUAGAAACAACAUAAUAUUGUAUGUAUAUUGUAAAAAACAAUAAUACUUGGUUUUUGUUAUUCACUAAAAAAACAUAACCCGAGUAACAUUUUUCUCAUACCGUUGGAUCGUAGGUACAAUAUUAAUAAUUGUUCACAAUUGUUUCAGAAAUAUAUAUUUUAAUGAAGGCACUUAAAACAAUUAUUUUAAUAAUAAUCGUAUUAAGGAUACAUUUAUUUUUUGUAAUUACAUAAAAUGUUGCUGAAGUUUUUGUCUCCUGGCCUUGUAGAACAAAAACAAUUACCUAUUUGUUACUAUUUGUUACAGUUUUAUAAGAUGUAUAGACAAAAAUGGAAUUAUUAAUUUAUUUCGAGUUAAAAGUAAAAUCCAUAAUGCAUAAAUAAUUGAUCCAUGUUCCGCACAUAUGAAACACAAUGGAGGCUAGACUAUUGAUCUAUAUCAUGCAUGCACAGUGGCAUAUUAAAUGGGGGGGGGAUUAAUUAAUUUCUAUGAAAUAUAUAUUUUUGGUCAAUAAUAACGGAAAACUAAUAUACAUAUUAUACAAUUGUAAAUACGUAUUCGAACAAUUUGUCCGCCAAAUUAAAAUAAACACUGGCAUUUUAAAAUGCCUUUGAAAUUUGUUUUCUGUUAUUCUGUUUAAAGAUAUUAAAUAAUAAUUUAAUUUAACAUUUUGGGGGUAUUUGAGUAUUUCCAAGAAAAUUGUGUAGAUAUGAGGGACGUACAGUGCGACUAUUGUCACUAUUUAAUAUUGCCAAUUUUAAUUCAUAAUCGACAAUCGUUGUUUUUGCUGCACUGCAAGUGGUAGUAGGUAUUUUUAUUUUAUGCUCCAUCAAGCGGAAGGAACUAUGAAGUACAUUAUUCCAAUUUUUUUUUAUCCUUAAAUGCAUAUUUAUUUUGAGUUUUAUUAGAUAAAGAUGAGUAUAUUAAUAUAUUAUUAUGGGUGAUUUUUCAAUUACGUUUGAAGUAUAUUAACUAUGGAUAAGUGGAUAAUAAGAAAACUUAAAACUUGAAAAAACAAAAUACAUAAUACCUUAUAUUAGAUACAUACACAUUGUAUUAUAAAUAAUCUAUUAAAGUUUACGAUUAUGUCUUGUUUUGUUCAUGUUAUCCUAUUUGUUUAUUUAAAAAUUAGCCCUUCCAAAAAAAAAAAAAAAGUCUGGGUAUAAAUAUGCCACUGUACCCGAAAACUUUGUUAAAUAAUAUUGUUGUAACUGAACUGAAACAACUACUUCCCACGCAACAAUUAUAUAGGUUAAUGGAAACGUGAACAAAUUUCCAAGUUUCUUUAAGUGGGUGUAAUGUGUGGCGUACGUAGGAAGGUAUUAAAGAAAUUUAUCUACCCAGAACUUAAUUGGGAGGGGCACGAACGAGUUAGUGUCGGCCACGUAAAAUAUUCAAAUUUUAAUAGAAUUUUUUAAGCUGUUUAGCGUCAAUGUACUGUAAAAAGUACCUAGUAGCAAAAACUUGUGUUUUUCUAAUAUAUUUCUUCAACGAGUCGACAAAUUCGUGAAGAUCAUUUGCCACGUCCGUACAAUAAUCAUUGAGGUAGCUCCCUGUGUAUAUAUUAACACAAUGCGGUAUAACAGAAUCCUCAAUGUUCAAGUCCUUAAAUUUUUUUAAAUCUGUUUUUGUGUAAAAAUAAGAAAUUAUUAUCAAUAUGGAAAAAAUGGUGUACACGUUUCAAUGUGUUUGAACAAUCCUAUGCAGAAAAACGAAGCGAUGGUCGUUUGCACGAAGGCAAUAAUUUUAACCAAAAUAUAAACAGUCCGUUUGGACGAAUGAAAUUAUUCUUACCAGAGAUAAAAAAACUGGUUUAUAGUCAAUAUCGUUUCUGAUUAAUAUUAUUAUUAUUAUUAUCGUCCAAUAUUAUCGAAGGCAAGAUUGCGUACUAACAGUUCCUUGUCGAUAUUUUUAUAUUAUUAGUUGUAAUGUAACAUUUUAAAAUUCGGUUUUACAUUUAAAACUAUACUUGUUUAAAGUUACAAUCGACUUACAGACAUUUAAAGACAAUGGUGAUAAAAUUGUCGAGUUUUCUAACUAUUAACGGUAGAUAUACACAAUUAGAAUGAGAACCUAUCAUAUGGCUAUUUGGCGCGAUCGAAAUUAGAAAAUCCGAUUCCGAAUAUCUAAAGAGGUACCUAGUUCUUUGAGUUUCGAGAUGUAUUAAUGAUCAAACAUCAUCACAAUCAGAUAGGUAAAUUCAAAUAUAUAUACCUUGUACACUUACAUACUAUAAUUUAUUUAUUUAGGAACGAUGAUGUGUCAUACCAAUAUCCAUUAACUACUUUUAACGCUACGAUUUUAUGCAACUGGAAUUUUUUUUAAUAACCGCUGGCUAUCCAUAGGGAAAAAUGGGAUAGUGCCACGGGGCUCCGGAACUCAGGGAGGGCUCGAGGUUUCUAGGAAAAUUUCUUAAAUUACUUCCUUAAAAUAAUUGCAAAUUUCGGUGUAUUUAAUAGUGAAUGUUUCAAAAUCUUUCGAGUCACAAUCAUAAAAUAAAAUAAUAAUACACACAGUAUUAUGCAAUGAACGAUGUUCCCGUCAUGUACAUUAUAAAUUAACUAUUACCAAAUACAUAAUAAAUGGUAAAAUAGUCAAUUGACAUUAUUAUUGUACUCUUGAGUACAAGUGGUUCCCCGCCGCCGAAGAUAAUAUCUGUCGAUAAUAUCUUCAAGUGUGAAUACGCUCUACGAUUUGAAUAAAUAGCUUAUGAUUUUCUUUAAUGCAGCCGUAUUUGUCCGGCAUAAUCGGUAAAUCCAUAAUAAAUUUUAAAAAUAGAAAUAUUAAUUUUUUUUUUUUUUAAAAGGAAAUCAAAAUACAAAUUUCCUGAUAUUUUUAUGAAGUUUAUAAAAAUAAUAAAAAUUGUCUUAAAUGUCAAAAACUGCUAUACAAAUUUAAAAAAGUUCUAAAAAUACGAAAAAAUAUAUAAAAUAAAAGUUUCAUAUUUUAAUUAUUUGAUGAAUGCAACGGGUUUGGGAAUUAUUGCUUUAGGACAUUCAGAAAAAUAAUAACACGCGUCAGAAGUGGAUUUUGAUAUCAAAAAAAAAAGGUGUCAAACUGAUGUAGGUAUUUUAUUUUGUUAAACAGAAGAUGUAAUAGGUACUCAUACACUAAAAUACUAAAAUCUACGAAAUAUAAUCACACAAAUUAGUUUAAAUUAGAUAUAAAUGAAUCGAGAAAUCGGGGUAGUGAAUCAAAAAAACAUAAUUAUAAACGAAGAGACACUAUAGAUACAUUAUAGUAAUCAUGUACAUUUAUAGGCUCUCUUAAGUCUGUAUUAAACAGUAAGGCAAAUUGAAAUUAUUUUUAAAAUAAUCAUGAAACCAUUUCGAACACGUUUCUGAACAAAUUCGGACAAAGGACUACACCAAUUGUUAAGUUGAUUAUUGUUGUUAUUUUUUUAUUUUUGUACCUAUACCAGAUCAGUGGUUGGUGUUGGAAUGGUCGAACGACGACCGUGAACAGCAGGAGCCGAUGAAGGCCAGGUGCGCGAAACGUCGGUGCAACGAGUCGGAUGUGUAUUGGCCUCAGGACGGGUUUUGCUACAACGCCGAGACGGCCCGCCAUCGUCGACUUUGCCCGGGCGCGGACACAGAGCUGGCCGCAGACGAAUUCGGUGACGGCCACUGUAAGUGCCGGAACGGCGACCGAGUACCGUACGUGCGGGUCGCCCCCGCCGACCGCAACUACUACUACGGUGACGAAGAUUCGAAGCCGUGUUAUCCGCUUUACGCCAAGGGGCCGUGCCCACGGGGUCAAGUGCUCAUUCCCGUCGGAUUGGGGUAACACCGUUUUCUAAUGUUAAUUAUAUUUACAAUCCCGAGGCUUUUUAAAUAUCGACUUUAACUACCUAUCUAUAUGCAUCGAAAUAUCAUUUCAGUCUCGGUUGGCGGUGAGGAUAAUAAGGAAACAUAGCAUAACUAUAGACAGUGGCGUGCGCAUCAGAAGGUGAAGUUAGGGUGUCAGUCAUUUCCCCCCAUCCCCCCAUUGGCAUACAAAUACAAAAAUCAUAAUAUGAAUAAUCGGUGUCUGAGCGUUUGCGGUAUCGACCUUUAUGGUGGCACUUGCGGUCACUCAGUUAUUUUUUUUUUACCUGCUAUCUUUCUUUACACGGACAUUCGUGUUUCUGUAUAUUUUCAUAGUUAAGAUUCGAAAAUGUAUUGAAUUCUAUUGGUUUUACUAUGAUGUGUGUUCAAACAAGAGCAUAGUUUAGGCCUACAUAUACAGGCAAUCAUAAUUUAUUUUUAAUUUUUAAUAUUACAUAGCUUAGAGUAAAAUAAAACUUUCCACCUUUUGUAUUAUUUAAUUAUUUUUAUAUAAGCACACAAUUAGAUACGACAACUUAAUAAAACCUUAAUAAUUAAUAGACCUCGACCAACAUUUUAAGCUGUGUACAAAUGUCUUAUGUCAGAAGCUAAUAUUUGAUCGACAUUUUUUUGAACAUGAAGGAAAAGAAACGAAAAAAUUGUUACAUGAAAAUAGACACCAGAAUAGACAAAACACUGAAAUCAUACCAAAAUAACUUUAAAAAAAAUAAAAAUAAAUCGGAAAUUCAACAUUAAUUUGUCUUUUUAAAUGGAAGACGUGGUUAACCGCCUUUAUUAUAGGUAUUACCCGAUAGUUUGAAUGUAAAUAUUAAGACCAAUACGAUGAGGCGAAAAUGUCACAAAUGUAGACGGAAGGAAGUCGGAGGUAAGGAAUAUGCAUAAAAUAAACACGAUGAAUAUAGUAUUUUUGAGGUCAUACUAAUUUAUUAUAAAGAAAGCCAUAUGACGAUAGUCAAUAUUUAUUUUUUGCAAGAACGGAAUUGUUUUAUUUUAUUGCUAGGUAUUUCCAUUGUGUUUACUCAAACUAUUCAUUAUUGUAGUUAUUAGUGUAUUACAAUCAUGGACCUAACGAUAAAUUCAUGUCGAAAAAUAUUUAUAAUAUCGACACAAAAAUAAUAUUAUAUAAAAAGUAGUUUUCCCAUUCUAUUUAAUGCUGUGUAUCUAAAAUUGUUGUUUCUUUCGAAACUAAGUGAAUUUUACCAUCGUGUAAUUAUUACCACGUAGUUCUCGUUAUUCUCAUUUAACCCCAAAGUGCGUUUUCAACUCAUGUUGAAAACCAACUAAUACAAAUUUAAAAUAUGACCAAAUUUGGUUUCACAGGAAAAACACGUCGAAUGUACAAUAUUAUGACGAUUUUGUUGUUUUUGCACUUGUUGCGCAAUAUAUAUAAUUAAAAAUAUUGCCAGAAAUUAUUUUAAAAUAAUUUUUCAAAAACGUAUUAAGGAGACAUAACUAAUAGUAGUAGCGCGUUUUCUUUUUUGAAAUAUUACGAGUGUAAUAGUAUCCGUAUUCAUGCAGCCAUUUCAGCAAAUUAUUUCUGUAAUAAAAUAAUAUUUAAUAUUUAAAUAUUUGCCAUCGUGAAAUAAAUAAAUUAUAAACAUGAAUAAUAACUAUUUAAAUUAAUGCAUAUUAAUAAUAUAUCCUAUAAGAUAUAUAUCCCGUAGGCAAGUAACGAAUAUAUUUUUUAGAAUAUUAAAAUAAGGCGGGGCUACGAUUAUGUACGGAAAUUAAAAUGCGCGUAAUAUUAUUAUUACAUAACAUACUAGUAAUGUCGGUAUUUUUACGUCGUGUGCUGCCAUUAAGUCAACGCGUUUUCUUUGGGGAGGGAUGGAGUAUGCAAAUAAUAUAAUCGGUAUGCGACUACAAGAAGAUAACACGACGUACAGAGUGGUGUAUCGGAGUACCUAUGAGCAAUGAUAAAAUAAUACAAAAUUACGAAUAUACAGCAUGAUGCACUAGCCAAAACAAAUUCUACUAGAAAUCUUGCUCAGAAGUAUCAAGUAAAGCACAUUUUCUGGAAAGGAAUUUUACUGGGGUGAUAUUUAAGGACAUUUUUUUAUUUUUACGAGGGGGAGCGAUAGGGGCGAUUGCACCCCUGUUGAAUUUGUUUCACGAACAGGUUAUUAUUUAUAUUUUAAUUAUUAUUAUUAUAAUCAAAAAUGUAAACAAAAAGUUAAUUCUUUUAGUGCGGAAAUGGUUAUCAACGAUUUGUUAAGAGAUUAGAGGUAUUGUGGUUACCAUAAACUGUUGGUUAUAAUCUUAGAUCAUAUAAUAUGAAUAAAGCUAUUGCAUGAUAAACGAUUAUUACGAGUUAGACAUCAUUAUUAACGAGUGCUAAGGGGACUGAUGUCUAUUGCGCAUGCGUAUCAAUACUCGUUGCAUUAUCAUUAUACCACCACCAGACAGUGAUGGUAGGUCACGGGUACAAGAUAGUUGUCAAAAAAUGUAUAAGGAUAGAGAAACAAUAAUAUUUGUAUUAGGUAUGUUACCAACGUAAAGAAAAAAAAAAUUUGCCUAUGCAAUAACUAAACGUUUAAUGCUCGUAAAUCUUGUAAAAUAAAUUAUGUAUCAACUAGUGCAGAGGUUCUCAAAGUAUGGGACCGCGAAAGCUUCGUGGGGGGGGGUGAAAGAAAAAUUUUAAAAAUCAAUAUUGUAUUGAUAGGACAGAAAAAGAUUUGUGGAAUUGGCGUAAUAAUAAUCGCGUCCUGUACAGUGUGUACAAUAUCUUUAUAGAUCACAUACAGACAGCAACAAUUAACACGAGCCAUUAUCUAUAAAAGGUUUGUUGUUUUAUGGAUAAACCACUAUUGGCCGUCAUUCUAUUUUUCAACAUACGCAAUAUGGGUGGUGUUCAAGGUUUCCGUGGCGAGUAUAUAA